UUUCUUCUACAUGGGACUGCCUGUCUCCACGUUCAUGCACAUACACACUAUGUAUAGUUGAUGUGGAAUUGUAAGUUAAGAUGUAUUUUUCUUCAAUUCCCUGACGCUGGCAUAGUGCUGAACUUGUAUUUUUCCUGUGGUUCUGGAGCUGCUCUUUCUGUCUGAGCAGGAUGCUGGAUUCUGAAGGCUACUUUUUCAUGCUGCCAAUUUUUAACUGACCCACCGUAUGAUAUAUUUCAACCUCAAGGAGUCCUAAAGAGUUGCAUUCAACAGACGCUGACACUACCUUCAUCAAACCACUUAGGAACCUCUUCCAUAAUGGGACAACUCCAAACACACAUUGGCCCGUACUGCAAUGCCAACACCUGAGUAACAAAUUGGAAGAGGAAAAGAAGAGCCUUCAGCAAGAGAACAGUAGAAAACAACUUAGCUUGGACUGGAUAAGAAAUAUCCUGGGCAGUAACAAAACCCCUACGGCAGCAGUUACUAAAUCCAGGACUCUGCAGCACACGAUUUUAGGAUUCUGUUUUGAACUGCGUGGGGUCUUUGCUGAAGGACUGUACACUGAAUUGCUACACUGGGACCAUGGACUACCUCAUUGGGAUUGUAUUGCUACUCUCCGGGGUAUCUCUGCCAGCAAGUGUGCACUCUCAACAGGGAAGGAGCAAUGUCCCUCGGCUCAAACUGUCUUAUAAAGAAAUGUUGGACUCAAACAAUCUCAUUACUUUUAAUGGUUUGGCCAAUAGUUCCAGUUAUCACACUUUCCUGCUGGAUGAAGAGAAAGGAAGGCUAUUGGUGGGCGCCAAGGACCAUAUUUUUUCAUUUAAUCUUAUUGACAUUAACAAGGAUUACCAAAAGAUUGUAUGGCCUGCAUCUCCAACAAGGAGGGAUGAAUGUAAAUGGGCGGGAAAGGACAUUUUGAAAGAAUGUUCCAAUUUCAUCAAAGUGCUGCAAACCUAUAACCAAACACACCUGUAUGUUUGUGGAACGGGGGCCUUUCAUCCCAUAUGUGCCUAUCUUGACAUUGGAAAACAUCUCGAGGACAAUGUCUUCAGAUUAGAGACCUCCCAUUUUGAGAAUGGCCGUGGAAAGAGUCCAUAUGACCCAAAGCUGCAGAGUGCCUCUCUAUUAAUUGAUGGGGAACUGUACUCUGGAACAGCAGCAGAUUUCAUGGGAAGAGAUUUCGCUAUUUUCCGUACCCUGGGACAGCACCAUCCAAUCAGGACAGAGCAGCAUGAUUCAAGGUGGCUAAAUGAUCCUAGAUUUGUAAGUACCCACCUAAUCCCUGAGAGCGAUAACCCUGAAGAUGAUAAAAUCUAUUUAUUUUUUCGUGAAAAUGCAAUGGAUGGCGAGCACUCUGGGAAGGCAACCCAUGCCAGGAUAGGGCAGCUAUGCAAGAACGACUUUGGAGGCCACCGAAGCCUUGUUAACAAAUGGACAACCUUUCUCAAAGCACGGUUAAUCUGCUCUGUGCCUGGCUCUAAUGGCAUUGACACCCACUUUGAUGAACUCCAGGAUGUCUUCCUAAUGAGUUCCAAGGAUCCUAAGAAUCCACUAAUCUAUGCUGUGUUUACAACAUCCAGCAAUAUCUUCAAAGGGUCAGCAGUAUGCAUGUAUAGCAUGUCUGAUGUGAGGAGAGUGUUCUUGGGCCCCUAUGCCCACAGAGACGGCCCCAAUUACCAGUGGGUACCAUUCCAGGGGAGGGUACCUUACCCACGACCUGGAACUUGCCCAAGUAAAACCUUUGGAGGGUUUGAUUCUACGAAAGACCUGCCUGAUGAUGUCAUCACUUUUGCAAGAAGCCACCCUGCCAUGUACAAUCCUGUCCAUCCAAUAAGCCACCGACCAAUCAUCAUCAAGACUGAUGUAGACUACCAGUUCACACAGAUAGUUGUGGAUCGUGUGGAUGCAGAAGAUGGACAAUAUGAUGUCCUGUUCAUUGGAACAGAUGUUGGCACUGUUCUAAAGGUUGUAUCGAUUCCCAAGGAGACCUGGCGUGACCUAGAGGAAGUCCUCCUAGAAGAAAUGACUGUGUUCAGGGAGCCUAUUGCCAUUACAGCCAUGGAUAUUUCUACAAAACAGCAACAGCUAUACCUUGGCUCAGCAAUUGGAGUUUCACAGAUGCCCUUGCACCGGUGUGAUGUCUACGGAAAGGCCUGUGCCGAGUGCUGCUUAGCUAGAGACCCCUACUGUGCCUGGGAUGGAACUGAAUGCUCCCGCUACUUCCCCACAUCAAAGAGACGUACAAGAAGACAGGAUAUAAGAAAUGGGGACCCUGUCACUCAGUGUUCUGACCUUCAACAUCAUGAUGAAUUAAAUGGCAAAGGGAAUUUGGAAGAAAAGAUUAUUUAUGGGGUGGAGAACAGUAGCACUUUCCUGGAGUGUAGCCCAAAAUCCCAGCGUGCCCUUGUCUACUGGCAAUUCCACAAACAGAAUGAAGACCGGAAGGAUGAGAUAAAAGCAGAUGACAGAUUCAUCAGAACAGAGCAAGGUCUACUCAUACGCAGCCUUCAGAGGCAAUAUUCAGGAAUCUACUACUGUCAGACUGUUGAACAUGGAUUCAUGCAGACCUUGAUCAAGGUCACCCUGGAGGUCAUAGACACAGAACACCUAGAGGAACUUCUGCACAAGGAUGAGGAUGGUGAGGCAGCAAAACCAAAGGAAGGCCAUGUCAUUAUCCCCCCGAAUCAGAAAGUCUGGUACAGGGACUUCAUGUCCCUCAUCAACCACCCAAACCUCAACACCAUGGAUGAAUUUUGUGAGCAGGUCUGGAAAAGGGACCGCAAGCAACGCAAACAAAGACCAUCCAAUGCCCAAGUUAAUGCUAACAAAUGGAAACACAUUCAGGAAAACAAGAAAGGCAGAAACAGGAGGACCCAUGAACUUGAGAGGUCACCAAGAAGUGUCUGAUUUUGGGGUGGCAUUUCACAGACUUAAUCCAAGUAGACUCUUAUAGGCACUCAACUGGAAACAAAUGCAAUAUACUCCUGAUUUUAGUUCAUUGGAUUGGUAAAGACUUGCACAAUGGUUUAAUGGUAAUGACUGAGUGAACCACCAUGUGUUAGUAUCUUUUGAAUGCUCUCCAUUAUGGAAGAAUGGAAACUGACAGUUGGACUGGACUUCCUGUAAAUAUUCUACAGCAAAAACGAUAUUUGACAUUUUGCUAACUAUAGAGCUCAGACUUUUGUUAACACUGUACAAUUAAAUAACCUAACCAUCAACGUUGACAAUAUAAUUAUCUCUCUGCUUGCCUUUCUGUUGUUUUUAAUGCAAUAGUUUAUAGAUGUUACCCUAUCUCCUAAUAUGUGAUAAGAUUCAUUAACAAAUUCUUUCGGAAUAAGCUCUUCCAACACUGAUAAAUAUGUAAACUCCAUGUGAAAGGUGUGUUUUAUUUUUAUUUUGUAGAGUUCUAUCUAAAAAGUGUCUAAAAUAAUGUAUGUUAAAUAUGUAUAUCAUCCUGCCUUCCUACAAAAACUACUGCAACCCAACGUUGUUGUUUGUUUUAAACAUCAGUAAGUGUAUUUCAUUUCUGUGCAAUUGUACUCCUUAGAAGAUACAUUUCUAAAUUAUUUCAGACAUAUUUUUCUAACUAUUCUGAGCUUUUUUGCUUGAUUUACUGACAAUAGCUAAAUAUUGAAAAGGUCUAGGCUAUGUGAUACAACACAAAACAAUAUAAAUAACGUAUUUUUUAAAUGUAUACACUUUCACAGAUUAUAUUACACUUCUAAAAGCUGACUGCCAUGCAUGGCUGGUUUCAAAGACCUGGAUUAGUGCUAACCUUGGACUACCUUAUGUUAUUUUAGGUAAGGUAGUCCAAGACUAGUGCUAAUCUGUGAAACCAUCUGAUAAAGUAUAUAAUUGCAAUCCAUUUCUUUUUUCAUGUGUGGCAGUAUGGCCUGGGGUGCUAUGUAUCAAGCCAAAAAAUGUAUUCCUUAAUUUAUUAUUCCUAAUAAAUAUUGGUCAGGUGAUUAAUUUUUUACAGGGUGCAUUUAGUCACAGAAAUCCUAAUAAAUAACUAGAGAACUUAAUUAGAGAACUGGACCAACAAAUAAUCUUUUUUUAUAUAUGAAUGACAAAAAGAAAAUAGCUUGCAUUCUCUGUGAGGCAAAUACCAAUCAAGUUGACUUUUACUUCCAAUUUAGUUUAGUUUUAUUUGUGAGAACACAGAGUUGAAAAAGUUAAACUGUCCUAUGACUUAAAUUUACAUAUUUUGGGAGUGUAUAUUUCCAAUGUAACACCACCUCAUUACAGCUACGGUAUGUAUAUGCCCUUAUUAAGGAAAAAGAAAGAUGAAAUGUUAUCAUAGUGGUUCCCAGUAGAAAUAUAAAUGACUGUGGUUAUACACCAUUAGAUGUAAAAAGGUCCAUAAAAGCCAAGGCAUCACGACUUGAUGUAAUAAAUCACUGUUGCAAAAACAAAACAAAACAAAAAAAAACA